AUGUUGGAAGUUGGAGACCGAUUAUUCUCAGCCUUUGGUCAAGAUACUAUUGAUGCUUUAUUUUGGACUGCUACAGAACCAAGAGACAGGAGAAGGGAACAUUUAGGUGUCAUUCCACAUUUGAUUUUUGCAAUGAUCUAUGUCUUUCUUCACAGUUUGUUGGUGUUGUUUCAAGCUACAACUUUGAAUGUUGCUUUUAACUCAAAUAAUAAAAGUCUUCUUAUUAUUAUGAUGUCUAAUAAUUUUGUAGAACUGAAAGGAAGCGUUUUCAAGAAGUUUGACAAGAACAAUUUAUUUCAAGUAUCUUGCAGUGAUGUCCGGGAGCGUCUCCACCUUUCUGUUCUGCUCUUCAUAGUUGUUUUACAAACCAUGAAGGAGUACCUGUGGAGGGAGGAUCGGUUCUGGAUAUUAGCUCCCGACUGUGUGUUAGUCCUUACAUUUGAAGUCAUUAUUGACUGGGUCAAACAUGCCUUCAUAACUAGGUUUAAUGAAAUUCCUUACGGAGUAUACAGGGAGUAUACAGUAAGCUUGGCAUAUGAUGUUGCUCAAACUCGGCAAAAGUAUGCCUUCAGCGAUCACUCCGAUCUCGUGGCUCGGAGAAUGGGCUUUAUACCGCUGCCUUUGGGCGUUGUUAUCACGAGAGUCUUGGUCCACGCUGUUAAGGUCGAUGGGUUUGCAGCAAUGUUUCUAAUAUUCCUAGCAUAUCUGUGUUUAAUAACAGUGAGGGUGCUAAUAUCUAUUGUAAUACUAGGCAAGGCUUGUGACCUUAUCACUCAACAUCAAAUGGAUAAAAGCGAAAACUAUGUCUCAACACCGAAAAGGGAAUCGAAAGAUGCCACAAAGGACAGCUCUAGUUCCCAUAAGUCACCUGAAAUGGAAGUAGCACCAGAGAAGAAACAUGUUCAAUUGAAGUUCCACAUACCAGAGGAUGUGGCUCUUAGUGAACCAUUGGUUGACGCGUCAGUAGGAGCCGCUGCGAUAUUCUCGAACAGCGCCAUAGAUCUAAAUGGUGUGUGUUAUCUAAACGAUAAAAUGAACGCACAAGUUAAACAGGAAUCCGGGGACUUUCUGGAUACUGAAUUGGAUGUCAGCAGGAGCGCGCCGAACAUAAAGGCGGCGGCGUGCAGCGGCGAGCCGGUCGACCCUGAACGGGCGCAGCCCCCAGACGCUGAGGGGCUGAAGAGGCGCGCCGAGUCGGAGCCCAACCUCGCCACCCCCGAUGACCACUACGACGACCCCUCG